AUCUCUUACCCGCAGAGGUUAACACCAUCAAAACCCGUAAAGAUCCGCACAAUCAAAACACACUCUAAAAAUUCAAUCUUUUCCUUUGCCGCGCGCGCGACCAGCAAACAAUGCUAUGCAAGUUUUAGUUUAUCUGCGCAAUGCAAUUGCAUCCCUUUCAAAGAACCAUCAAAACCUGAAACAAUGGAAUCAAAUUCAAUCCACGAUCAUCACCUCCGGUCUCUACACACUCCAAGACGCCAUUUUCGUCGCCAAACUCAUCCAAUGCGCACCACUCUCUCAACCUCAAACUUCAUCUCUUCGCCUUCUCCUCAACACAAUCCACACUCCCAACACUCGUCUCUUCAACAAACUCAUAACAUCUUUCCCUAAAACAACACUUCUUUCUUAUGCCAAAAUGCAUGAAAUGGGUGUUCAACCAGAUAAACACACGUUCCCUUUGCUUUUAAAGAUUUUUUCAAAGAAUGGUGUGCCGAAUGAUCAUCUCCCUUUUAUGGUGUAUGCUCAAGUUUUUAAACUUGGGUUUGAUCAUGAUUGUUUUGUUUGUAAUGGUUUCAUUUCUGCUUUUGGGUGUUCUGGGUUUAUGAAAAAUGCGUGUAAAGUGUUUGAUGAAAGUCCUGAAAGGGAUAUUGUUGCUUGGACGGCUUUGAUUAAUGGGUUUGUUAAAAAUGGUGUUCCUGGUGAGGCGCUUAGGUGUUUUGUGGAGAUGAGAUUGAAGGGUGUUGUGAUUGAUGGUUUUACCGUUGCCAGUGUUUUACGUGCGGCUGCCUUGGUGGGCGAUUAUUGUUUUGGAAAGCGUGUUCAUGGGUUUUAUGUGGAAACUGGGAGAGUGGUUUUGGAUGGUUCUGUUUAUUGUGCUCUUGUGGAUAUGUACUUCAAGUGUGGUUAUUGUGAAGAUGCGUGCAAAGUGUUUGAUGAAAUGCCUUACAGAGACGUGGUUGCUUGGACUGUGGUUGUGGCUGGUUUUGUGCAAUGUAAAAAGUACCAAGAUGCACUUAGUUUUUUCCGGAGAAUGCUGUUAGAUAAUGUUGUGCCGAAUGAAUUUACACUGACUAGUGUUCUUAGUGCUUGUGCUCAUGUGGGGGCUUUGGAUCAAGGAAGGUUGGUGCAUCGAUACAUGGAGCAUAAUGAUUGUAAUUUGAACGCAGUGCUAGGGACGUCAUUGGUAGAUAUGUAUGCAAAAUGCGGGUGCGUUGACAAAGCUUUGAUGGUAUUUGAAAACUUGCAAGUCAAGAACGUGCACACUUGGACGGCAAUGAUUAAUGGGUUGGCUGUGCAUGGGGAUGCCUUAGGAGCAUUGAAUAUCUUUUCACGCAUGUUGGAAAGCGGUCUUCGACCUAAUGACGUUACCUUCCUUGGUGUUCUUGGUGCAUGUUCUCAUGGAGGUUUUGUAGAUGAGGGGAAAAAGUUAUUUGAAAUGAUGAGACAUACUUAUCAUUUAAAGCCAAACAUGGAGCAUUAUGGAUGCAUGGUUGAUCUCCUUGGUCGAGCAGGAUGUUUGGAAGAUGCAAAACAAAUUAUUGAUAAUAUGCCAAUGAAGCCUAGCCCUGGUGUCUUGGGAGCUUUAUUAGGUGCCUGCGUGAGCCACAAAGAUUUCGUAAUGGGCGAACAUAUAGGGAACAUUCUGGUUAAUCUACAGCAGAACCACAACACUGGAUAUGCACUUCUGGCAAACUUGUAUUCAACGUGUCAAAACUGGGAAGCAGUAGCGCGUGUCAGGAAGCUCAUGAAAGGAACGCAGGUUGAAAAGACUCCAGGUUAUAGUUGGAUAGAAGUGGCCGGCUCAAUGCACGAGUUUAAAGCAUUUGAUCAUUCACAUAGCGAAUUUUCAUGUGUUUAUUUGAUGUUGGAGAAUUUAAUAUUGCAAAUGAAAAUGGUCGAUCAAGCUCAAUGGAACGAAGGCUUUGACCUUGUAUCCAGCACUGAUGUGGGUUAAGACUUGAGAAUACCACAAUGUCUUGAGUGAUUUAAUAUUACAGCUCUCAAUGCGUGAUUUGGUUAGCUGUGAAAGAGCGAUGAAUUCAAUAAACAAUUGGACAGGAGAGCAUGAAGCAUGCGGAUGGCUUCAUGAACUGGAAAGCAUGUCUGGACCUAAGAGGGGUAUUUUUUAGCAGACUUUCCACCCGGCAGGUAUUGACACCCGGCAAAGUUUAUCAGAGAUGGAUAGAAAUAUGGGCCAGUUAAUUUUUUUAAAAUUUAAUUAUAACUGCAUUCUUAUGGUUUGGAAGGUUCAAGUCAGAUUGUGGAAGCCCUGACCUCAUCCCUCAUCUGCAAUAGAUUGUAAUUCUUUACUUUUCACUUUCAAAUGUGCACCUGAAGUGGGAAAGAAAUUGAACAAUGCUUCUAAGUUUGCAGCUGAUGUGGAGGAUACCCUAGACAAAAAACGUAAAUAUAGAUCAAGCAAAAGUUUAGAUAGUUAUUUUAUUAUUAAUGUUAUGAUAUAUGUUUUAUGUUCAAGAGUUAUUAUAUUCAAAUUUGGGGUGAGGGGAUGGUGCUCCAGUCUAAGACAGGAAAGACCUUCGGGUUCAUAAAGCAUUUACCUCCUUCUAAGGGCACUAGCGGGUCUCGAGGUCCCAAGUUCGUAAAUGUAAAUGCAUUUGUAAGUGUUCUAUGAGCCUGAAGAUCUUCCUUGCCUUUAAUUGAUGCACCAUCCCCUCACCCUAUUUUUUUUUCCAUAAAAAAGUUAUUAUUGGAACAAUGUUUUGCACCCUCGUUUUUUAAUACAUUUUUGUUUAAAUUU